AUGUAUCUCUAUUCGGAAAUGAAGAGGUUAUACACCUCUUUUCAGGAGAUGAUCACUUCUCGGAAAGGGGCACUCAGGAGAAAUGGUAGAGGGGGCUUAAAACGCCCGUUGGUGAUUUCAGCACCAUACAACUUUGAACAGAUCCCAGUCACGCUACCAGGUCUCACGCCAGAAGAAAUUCUGGUCCUCCGUGAGAAGGCCGCAGCCACCAGACUAGGAAUCCACGCCGACUCACCACCAUCAAUAGCGACCUACUCUGUGUCUGCUCCGAGUUCAUCCUCCAACUCCAGCACUCCCAACCCCAACGUCACAGGUGUCCUGCCACCGCCGCCUCCUCCCAUCAUCACCAACCUCCACACCUCGGGCCCUGGCCGUUCCUCCUCCAGGGCUGGGUCAUCGAUGCGCAGCUCCUCCGCCCGCUCAGGCACCAUCUCGCGUUCCGAAUCGAUGGCCAGAAUUCCCCACCCUAGCAACCUCCGCCACUACGCCAGCUCAGAAGAGGUGAGGCCGAUGCCGAUGCCGAUGCCGAUUCCUUCCGGUGGUGGUCUCCCAGCGCAGAGCAAUCACUCUCUCCUGUUGUUGGGUGAUUUGGAUGACGAUGUCGUCUCGCCUCUGGAACUUGACUCACAUCCACGACCGGGUAGCAGAAGCAGGGGGCACGUCAACAACAAUGUCGAUCCUGUCGGCAUGUUCCCGCUUGACCUGGACUUUGAGCACCUCGAGAGGGAGUUUGAGCUUGGCAGCCCGAUCAGCCCGUUGAGUCCGCCGAGCAAGAAGAAUACGCCAAGGGGGAGUCCGAAGGGGAGUGUGAGUGAGAGGGGGGCGAUCAGGAUCUAA